AUGACAUAUUUGCCGUAUGGCUGCCUUGCUUUAGCGCUGCAAGGCUCCGGUCAAGUCGAGAAACAGCUCGAAACAAACCAGCAACCUUCUCCUCCUGUCUACUCAAUCUUCACAACAUGGCAAAAGCGCUUUAUUGUCCUGGCGGCCGCGUGCACCGCCUUCUUCUCUCCCCUCUCCGCCCAGAUCUACUUCCCAGCCUUGACGGCCAUCGCAAAGGAUCUCAACGUCACUGCCUCCCAAGUCAACUUGACCGUCACGACGUACAUGGUUUUCCAGGGCAUCACGCCCAUGUUCAUUGGAUCGUUGGCUGAUAGCGGCGGACGACGGCCCGCCUAUGUCAUCUGCUUCGCCAUCUACAUCGCCGCAAACAUCGGGCUGGCGUUGUCCCCCAACUACGGCGCACUUCUCGGGCUUCGGUGUCUACAGUCAGCGGGAUCGAGUAGUACAGUUGCUCUUUGUGUUGCUGUCGUUGCGGAUGUCAUUACUUCGGCGGAGCGAGGCCAGUACAUCGGCUUCACCACCGUACCCGUCGUCCUCGCUCCGGCGCUGGGACCCAUCAUCGGCGGCCUUCUUUCAGAAUACCUCGGCUGGAGAUCUAUCUUCUGGUUUCUUGUCAUCCUUUCCGGAAUCACCAUUGCCCUCGUCGUCGUUUUCUUUCCGGAAACCUGCCGCCAUAUUGUUGGGGAUGGGUCUAUUACCCCACCGGCCAUGUAUCGGUCUUUAUGGCAAAUCAUGAAACGCCGACGGAGGGCAGCCAACAUAACUAAAGGCCGGGGGUCCGCCGAUGCUCCCAAGGUCAAGUCUCAAUACAAGUUCAAGCCUCCCAAUGUCUUGGAGCCUCUGAUGAUGCUAUUCCAGAAGGAGACUGGGGUGCUGUUGGGGGUCGGCAGCAUCGUCUUUGCCGGGUUCUACUGCGUCGCCACUGCCAUGCCGACCUUGUUCAAAGAUAAUUAUGGCUUCAGCGAAGUUGAAGUUGGUCUAAUGUACGUGCCGCUCGCAGUGGGGUCCAUCCUUGCCGCUGUUGUUGUCGGCCCUCUGAUCAACUACAACUUCAAGCGGCACUGCGACAAGCAAGGCAUUCCCUAUGACCGCAGCCGCCAGCAAGACCUCUCCGAGUUUCCCAUUGAGCGAGCGCGCCUCGAGAUUGCGUUCCCGCUUCUCGGGCUAACGGCGGUAACCCUCGUUUCAUGGGGCUGGGCGGUCGACGCCAAAGCGCAUCCAGCAGCGCCGGGCGUCAUCAGCGCUCUCUUGGGCGUCGGCAUCGUUGGCCUCAACAACACGUCCAACGCUCUGCUUGUGGACAUCCACCCUGGCAAGGCGGGGACUGCCACGGCGGCGAAUAAUCUAGCACGGUGCUUGGUCGGCGCCGGAGCGACGGCAGCGAUCGUGCCCAUGAUGGACGCCAUGGGUACGGGGUGGGCGUUUACUUUGGUUGGGGGUCUUGCUUUGCUCUGCACCCCGGGACUUCUUGCGUUGAUGGUCUGGGGCAUGAAGUGGCGAAGGGAGCUGAAGAUAAAAUUGCAACAAAAGGAGGAUGCAAAGAACAAGGCCUGAGUGAGACUGAAAUCACCACCCAAAAGGGAAGAAUGUGCGUAUCAGGCUUGCUUACUUGCAUCAUAUGCGGCAUGGCGGAGCUCUACUGAGCCGUCCAAUUCUAAAGACGACCAAGCAUUAAGGGAGAGGUAUUAACGAAAUACUCAUAGAAAUCUAGAGUUAUUGAUC